ACAGCAACAUGCGUUAAUAUCUAGUACUUCAGAGGAUCAGCUCACUUAACUCAUCAGUGAGCCUUCUGGUAGUGCGGAUAAUCCAGUAAAAUAAAAAAAAUGUCCGCGACGUCUGGAAGCACCACACUGUUCGUGUGGCUCUCUUUAAUUACAUUGGCGACGACAAUAUACCGGUCGGCGGGACAGCCGUUGCAGGUGAUAGCGUGCAACCAGCCGGAUAGUUUCACGGUCCAACUAACCGAAAACGAGAAUGUUGUUGUCCACGAUACCGAAUUACUAAUCAAGUACGACCCACACGCUGAGAUAUACCCACUCGGUGAAGUAGACGCAGUGAACGUGGUCUAUAAUGAAUCUACCAUCGAAUUCAGAGGAUACAUAUCGCCGGCGACUGUACCGUCGGGAUCACCCGAGAGACUAUCUUGGACCAGCAGCGGUAUCAUUUUAGGAACCGGCACGCUCCAAAAACUAAGCAGUGGAGAUUAUGCAGUCCGGGAGUGUCGCUUAUUUUUGCCGAAGAACAUCAAAAGCAGCGGUAAUCUGCCGUUCGCCGUGGGAGACGAGAUCGCUAACCACGCUCGCUACUGCAUCGAGGAAUACCUUUGCAGACAACUGGGACCUAUAAAGACGGAAGAACCACUAGAAAAUAUCGAUGUACAUCGCAGAUAUGCACCCCCCGUCCCUGCAUCUUACGAUGUCGCUUCUGACCACUCCUCGCAGAAUUGCACCGCUUCGGACGUUGUUGAUCUGGAUAUAAACGAGGCCGUGAAUCUCGCCAUUAGAACCGCUAUAAGUUAUAUCAAGCAGAACAAUAAAUCUAGCAUUGUGAUCCCCGAUGUAGAUGAGUCAUACGAAUUAGGACCGUUCGGUAUGAAAUGCUACUUUGAAGCAUUCGGCGGUAACUUCGAUGAUCUCUCGACUCUGAAGAGAACAGAUGACGCGUAUCUGUCCGGCUUAGGACGAACCCACGUUGUAAGAUACGGCUUUGGGCUUGGCCUAGCUAGGUUUCACUACAAUCAUUACAAGGUUAAAUAUGGCCUCGUGAGCUUAAGUGGCAUGAUAACGGGUACGAUUGAUGGGUUGGCGAUAUUGGCAAGGCUACACGUCGACUACGAUAAAGACUGUCCUGUGACACUGGAAUCCCUGAAAGUGACAGAGUUCGGCAACAUUAAGUUACGUAUGACUGGUAUGGGGCCGAUGAACAGUGUAACAUCGAAAAUAUUGACUUGGCUGACGAAUUGGUGGCGAAAUAAUAUCGUGAGCCUUAUUGAAGUUAACGUGAAACAAGUUAUCCAGAAACAAUUAAGCACAUAUGUCUGCAUUAAUUAUAUUACAUCUAUAUUUUCUUGAAACUGUAUUCCCAAAGGGAUGUGAAAGUCAUAAAAUAAAAGAAACUUUUUAAGAAA